AUGGUUAAUGAUAGCUAUCAAAACCGCUUUCUUGGGCGUUGGAAGCUGGAAAAAACGGAGAAUUUCGAUGAAGUGAUGAAAGAGUUAGGCGUAAACAUCAUCAAACGGACUGCUGGCAAUACCGUGAAACCUACUCACAUUUUUGAGGAUAAAGGCAAUGGGUGCUAUUGCUUUAAGACGGAGAGCACUUUCACGAAAACCGCUUGCGACUUCAAAUUAGGCGAGGAAUUCGACGAACACACAUCCGAUGGAAGAGAUCUGAAAUCUGUCAUCACAAUUGAGGGUGAUGUUAUGAAACAAGUUCAAAACGGCCAUGGAAGAACAACCUACGUUGAAAGAAUUGUUGAUGGAAAUUUGCUAAAGACAGUGAGUGUUAUUGACUACUAUCUCUACAGAACUUACAUCAAAGUCAACAAUUAG